AAACGAGUUCAGACCCUGGGUAGAUGUUAAGCCUGUGAAAGCUAUAAAGGCAAAGCCCCAGUACAAGCCACCAGAGGAGAAAAUGACCCAUGAAACCAGUUACAGUGCUCAGUUCAAGGGGGAAACCAGUAAGCCUUCUCCAGCUGACAACAAAUUCCUGGAGCGCAGAAGGAUACGCACUCUCUACAGCGAACCCUACAAAGAACCACCAAAGGUGGAGAAGCCUAGUGUAAAGCCUUCCAAACCAAAAAAGACCACGACAAGCCAUAAACCCCUGAAAAAGGCCAAAGACAAGCAGAUUGCAUCUGGCCGGGCUGCCAAGAAAAAGAGCGCCGAGACCUCCAACACAGCCAAGCCAGAGGACAAGGAGAAAAGCAAAGAGAUGAACAAUAAACUGGCUGAGGCAAAAGAGAGCCCUGAGAAAAACCCUGGUGCUACAGACCAAGAGCCAAGUACCUUAGUGCAGGACCAGUGCACAUGAAGUCAAGCAUUUUCUUCCGAGCGGCGGCUGGAGGAAACGUAAUGUUUGCAUGACCCGUGGCUUGUCUGGCUGGCACACAAUAAAGCUGAUGA